GGUUUCCUUCCGGUAUCACAUCCUCCGAACAUGGCAGCCGCCGGGUUGUGCUCUAUCUUAACCACAGCAGCUUCAUUGUUUCUUCUGGUGCCCACUCCAGUAACUGCAUUUGUGGAGGAUUUGGAUGACUCGUUCAAGGAAAAUCGAAAAGAUGACAUCUGGCUUGUUGAUUUUUAUGCACCAUGGUGUGGUCAUUGCAAGAAACUCGAGCCUGUUUGGAAUGAUGUUGGUACUGAAAUGAGAACUAGUGGCUCACCCGUGAGAGUGGGAAAGAUGGAUGCUACUGUACAUUCUGGCCUUGCUUCAGAAUAUGGAGUUCGAGGAUUUCCUACAAUAAAGUUAUUAAAGGGAGAAAUGGCUUAUAACUACAGAGGUCCCAGGACAAAGGAGGAUAUUGUUGAAUUUGCAAACAGAGUAGCUGGGCCUUUAAUUCGUCCGCUUCCAAGCCAGCAAAUGUUUGAUCAUGUACAGAAGAGACAUAAUGUUCUUUUCGUGUAUGUUGGCGUUGAAUCCACCCUAAAGGAGAAAUUUAUUGAAGUCGCUUCAGAACUUAUCGUUUAUACGUACUUUUUUUCCGCUUCAGAGGAAGUAUUGCCAGAGUACGUUACUCUGAAUGAAGUCCCAGCUGUUCUUGUAUUUAAAGAUUCUACUUAUUUUGUCUAUGAUGAAUAUGAAGAUGGUGACCUGUCCUCAUGGGUGAAUAAAGAAAGGUUUGAAGGCUACCUCCAAGUUGAUGGAUUCACAUUGUAUGAGCUUGGGGACACAGGGAAACUCGUGGCUGUUGCAGUAAUUGAUGAUAAAAAUAAUUCAGCUGAGCACACAGGCUUGAAGUCUAUUGUUCAAGAUGUAGCAAAAAACUACCGGGAUCAUUUUCAUCGAGACUUUCAGUUUGGGCACAUGGACGGGAAUGAAUACAUCAAUAGCCUGCUAAUGGAUGAUCUCAGCAUCCCUACGUUUGUUGUACUUAACACCUCCAACCAGCAGUAUUUCCUUCCGAGCAAACCAAUUAAGAGUACAGAAGACAUGGUGCAAUUUAUUAAUGGCAUUCUGGAUGGCACUGCAGAGGCACAAGGCGGUGAUGGAAUACUGCAGAGAAUCAAGAGGAUAGCUUAUGAUGCAAAGUCCACUGUCGUAUCUGUUUUCAAAAGUUCCCCUCUUCUUGGCUGCUUUCUGUUCGGUCUGCCACUGGGUGUCAUCAGUAUAAUGUGUUAUGGAAUCUGUACAGCAGACACUGAUGAUGGCACAGAAGAAAUGACCAGAAAAGAUGUGAUUGAUCCGAAUGUAUCAGAUGAGGGCAGUGAUGAAGAACAAGAUGAGGACAAGAAAGGAGAGAACUCCACUGAAGUGUCAGAUGCAGACCAAGAAGAAAAAGAUUUUAUAGAAAAGAAAAAGGAUUAACUUCUGUGUAAAUGUAAUAGUUCUCUAGGAAUCCAAAAAAAAAGAAAGAAAGAAAAUGUAUUUAUUUAACUCAGCCACUUACAAAAAUGUUUAUCAAAAGAAAAAUGUGUGGACCCUGCUACACUUGGCAUUCUUUGCUUUUCCAAUUUUUUUUUUUAUCUAAUGGAAGUAUCUGGCAAACAAUAUAGAUUUUAAUAAACUAUUGUGAAACAAAGAGACAAGAUAGAAAAAGAUUUUGUUUUUGUUUUUUUACAUUACAAUAUAUUGCCACUAGUCAUCAUAUUUUAUUUGGUGCAAACAGGUGCAUUCAAUACAAUUGAAGAUGUAUGUGUUACUUUCCAUCGCCUUACAAACUCCAGAUAAAUAUAAUCGUUUUAACAUUUUUGUACCUUGGCUCACCAGCUCCAUAGACAUGAGGGCCAUUUUGUAUUUUUGUAUGCUGGCUCACAAGCUCCAUGCAUGUAGGUCAAUUUUAUAAUACAAGGUCUGAAUUUAGUUCACACGCUCUAUGCAUGUAGGGAAUGUUUACAUUAUUUCUUUCAAUGAUUGAUAGCCUGACUAUUACGGUAAAAUAUUACCCAUCGUAGAGCUUUUCAUAAGACUGUACCUAGCUAAAACAUGGCAUUUUACUCAGAGAUGAAAGUAUCACAGAUUUUAUGAUUUCCUUAAUGUUGAUUUGAAAUAUAUUUGUAAAGCAAAUUUCAAAUUUUCUUUUCAAGUGUAUUUUUAUAACUUCUGUAAAUUGCAGUUUUCUGAGAUUUCUUUUAUGAUGUUAAGAUGAAUGUCAUAAUACUUUUUAGCCAAUUUAGUUAUCCUUAAAUAAGUUUCAUAUUUACACCACUUAACGUCAUAAUGUUUUGAAGUAAAUUGGCUGUGUCUUGUACACUUGCUAAAAUACAAUGAUGUGUGUUAAUAGAAUCCAGAUAUAAUAAAUUGCCUUUGUCCAACUUGA